AUGGCAGAGGAGCUGGAACAACAUAUGAAGGAUUUCAAUCUAUCUGAAUCUGAAAAUUUGAUAAUCGAUAUUGAGUCGGAGGACGUGCACAAGAGUGAAGAGGAAUGCAAAAGAAGCUUAUUUGGGAAGAUAAUCGGAGAUAGGAAAGCGCAUUGGGUAGGGUUGAAGCGUGCGGUGGUCCAAAUUGUGGAAGCUACAACAGGGACUGGAGAGUGGAGGGAAGGGUUGUCAGGAAAUCAUACUUGCUUUGAGGAUAUGAGACUAAAAUUCAUAAUCUGGCGAUUGCCAAAGCAGGUGAAUAUUAACUUGAAGGAGCCAUUAGUUAGGUGUACUAGUAUUAGACUAGAAGAGCAUAUUGUGGUGGUGAACUUUAAGUACGAAAAGUUGGUGAACUUAUGCUAUUACUGUGGUAAGAUUAGGCACUUAGAGAGGGGCUGUGUGAAUGAGGGGAAGUUUGGAGAAUGGUUAAAGGCAGUUGAUGGGCUGCAAUGGACCGAGAACUCAAGCAACAACAACCAUUCAGGGUCUCUUGGUUCUCAACCAAUACCUGUCACCCCUCAUUUAAAUGCUUCGGUGGAGAAGAAUAAUGGAGGUGAAGAAGUAGUUAACAAGCUAUGCCUAACCAAUAUAGCAGCUUCAGGGAGACUGGAGGAGCCAGAAUGUGAAAUGGUCCCUAUGGUGCUCAAAGCUAUGGAAAUAGAACAAAAGUGUCAGAAAGGAGAGACUUACUCGGGCCCAACUUUGGAGAAACCUUCUUCCGAAGCCCAGCAUUGA